AUGCCUUGGAGUCUAACUGCGCAUGCUGCGGCAUGCGGCUUUUCUUCUGACCAUGAAGCAGAGCUUCUCCAUGAUCCGGGUCGAGGACCAUCUAGGUCAUCUAACGGCAUCCAGGCCGUUUCUAAGUGUCUCUACGAGUCUCCGUUGAGUCGAGAGGACGAGCUUAGUAAGACGCUUGAUGAAGUAAACUGCUUGUACUGGGGUGGAUCCUUGGUUGGGAUGGCAUAUACAUUUGUUGAUGAGAUGCUGAAAACUGGUAAAGUGAGCCAGGAUGUUGUGGAUCUUAUACCACGUCUUCGUGUUGUUCGUGCUGUGCUGGCUAUCCCCGAUGGUCUUGAUGGCAGCCUCAAUGCUAUCUAUCUUGUAGAGGAGAAGAUCCACGGCAGAUUCAUCAAGUAUAUCAAUAACAAUUCCACUGUUGCUGCUGACAGCCUUCACGGCCGAGAAGUAGUCAUUGGACUAUUCCUAUGCUUCGUACAGCAUGUCCAAUAUCAGCUUACCAAUUCAAUGGUCGUGCCGAGUCGCUGA